GUAGAUGAAGUUUUGAAAAGGUUCCAUCCUUAGUCUGUUCUGUUAAAAAAAGAAACAAACUGUAAUAUCCAUGAUGUCGGUGCGAGGCUCCAGCGUGGGGGACCUGUCCCAGAUAGACCAGAUAAUCCUACGAAUUAUCGAUACGCGUCGUUCGAAAAUUCUGAACCUUGGUGAAUCGGAUAUUCGAGCGGUAUGCUUUCGGUCUCGAGAGAUUUUCCUCUCACAACCAAUGUUGCUGCAACUCGCCACGCCCGUAAAGAUUUGCGGGGACAUACAUGGCCAGUUCACGGACUUAUUGCGUCUCUUCGACUAUGGCGGUUAUCCCCCUGCGUCGAAUUACUUAUUUUUGGGCGACUACGUGGACCGUGGCAAGCAAUCCAUUGAAACCAUUUGUCUGUUGUUGGCUUACAAAAUCAAGUACCCGGACAACUUUUUCCUACUGCGCGGCAAUCAUGAGUCCGCAAGCAUCAAUCGAAUCUACGGAUUCUACGACGAGUGCAAGAGAAGGUAUUCCAUCAAGCUGUGGCGCACCUUCGUCGACUGCUACAACUGCAUGCCGGUGGCAGCGAUUGUGGACGACAGGAUCUUCUGCUGCCACGGCGGCCUUAGUCCCGACCUCCACAACAUGACGCAGAUCUUGAAUUUGCCUCGGCCCUGCGAUGUGCCCGACAGGGGAUUGCUCUGUGACCUUCUCUGGUCUGAUCCCGAUUCCAAAAUCAUGGGAUGGAGUGACAACGAUCGCGGCGUGAGUGUCACCUUUGGUCCCGAUAUUGUUGAAAAAUUCGUGCACCGCCAUCGUUUGGAUUUGAUUUGUCGCGCCCACCAAGUUGUGGAGGAUGGCUACGAGUUUUUUGCCAAGCGCCAGCUUAUAACCGUUUUCUCAGCCCCCAAUUACUGCGGCGAGUUCGACAAUGCGGGCGCCAUGAUGUCCGUGGAUGAGACUCUAAUGUGUUCCUUCUUUGUGCUCAAACCGUCAAAGAAAAUGGGCCUUCGAAGGGUCAACUCCAAGGUGUGAGCAAAGCUUGUUCUAUUCUGCAGUCAUACGAUAAUAAGUAGCAAUAA